AUGGGUUAUUUAAUGCCGAAGAAUAUUAUCUAUCUUUGUCUAUAUCUAUCAUCUAUCUAUCUAUCUAUCUAUUCAUCUAUCUCAUACAUAUGGGUUUGGUUUGGUUUUGUUUUAUGGCAUAUCAACCUCAAUGGGUUAUUUAAUGCCGACUCUUCAUAUCUAUCUAUCUAUCUUUGUCUAUCAUAUCUAUCUAUCUAUCUAUUCAUCCAUCUAUCUAUCUAUCUAUCUCUAUCUAUCUAUCUCAGUACAUAUGGGUUUGGUUUGGUUUUGUUUUAUUAUAUCAUAUCAACCCCAAUGGGUUAUUUUUUGCCGACUAUCAUCAAUAUCUAUCUAAUCAUCUCAUUCAUUAUCUAUCUAUCUAUCUAUCUAUCUAUCUAUCUAUCUAUCUAUCUAUCUCAGUACAUAUGGGUUUGGUUUGGUUUGUUUUACGGCAUAUCAACCUCAAUGGGUUAUUUAAUGCCGACAUCUUCAUAUCUAUCUAUCUAUCUUUGUAUAUAUAUCUAUCUAUCUAUCUGGUCUAUAUCUAUCUAUCUAUCUCAUACAUAUGGGUUUGGUUUCAUUUGUUUUAUUAUAUCAACCUCAACCUCAAAAUCUUUAUUUAAUCUACUCUUCAUCUAUCAUUCUAUCUAUAUUCAUCUCUGUAUAUUAUAUUAUCUAUAUCUAUCUAUCUAUCUAUCUCAUACAUAUGGUACAUAUGGGUUUGGUUUGUUUUUUUUUGGCAUAUCAACCUCAAUGGGUUAUUUAAUGCCGAUUCUUCGCAUCUAUCUAUCUAUCUUUGUCUCAUUCAUCUAUCUAUCUAUCUAUCUACUAUAUCAACUAUCUAUCUCAGUACAUAUGGGUUUGGUUUGGUUUGUUUUACGGCAUAUCAACCUCAAUGGGUUAUUUAAUCCGACUCUUCACAUCUAUCUAUCUAUCUUUGUCUCUAUCUAUCUAUCUAUCUAUUAUCUAUCUAUCCAUCUAUCUAUCCAUCUAUCUCAGUACAUAUGGGUUUGGUUUGGUUUGUUUUACGGCAUAUCAACCUCAAUGGGUUAUUUAAUGCCGACUCUUCAUAUCUAUCUAUCUAUCUUUGUCUCCAUCUAUCCAUCUAUCCAUCCAUCCAUCUAUCUAUCUAUCUAUCAUCUAUCAAUAAUCCACAUAUCAACCUCAAUGGGUUAUUUACUGCCCACUCUUCAUAUCCAUCUAUCCAUCUUUCCAUCAUGUUCCAUCUAUCUAUCUAUCCAUCCAUCUAUCCAUCUAUCCAUCUAUCUAUCUCAGUACAUAUGGGUUUGGUUUGGUUUGUUUUAUGGCAUAUCAACCUCAAUGGGUUAUUUAAUGACUCUUCAUAUCUAUCUAUCUAUCUUUGUCUCUAAUCUAUCUAUCAUCUAUCUAUCUAUCUAUCUAUCUAUCUAUCUAUCUAUCUCAGUACAUAUGGGUUUGGUUUUUUUGUUUUUGGCAUAUCAACCCUCAAUGGGUUAUUUAAUGCCGACUCUUCAUAUCUAUCUAUCUAUCUUUGUCUCAUCUAUCCAUUAUCAUCUAUCUAUCUAUCUAUCCAUCUAUCUAUCUAUCUAUCUAUCUGUAGUACAUAUGGGUUUGGUUUGGUUUUUGUUUUAUGGCAUAUCAACCCCAAUGGGUUAUUUAAUGCCGACUCUUCAUAUUAUCUAUCUAUCUUUGUCUAUAUAUAUUAUUAUCUAUCCAUAUUCAUCUAUCUAUCUAUCUAUUCAUCUCAUACAUAUUGGUUUGGUUUGGUUUGUUUUAUGGCAUAUCAACCUCAAUGAUUUAUUGCAAACUCUUCAUAUCUAUCUAUCUGUUUAUAUAUCUAUCUAUCUAUCUAUCUAUCUAUCUAUCUAUCUAUCUAUCUCACAUAUCAACCUCAAUGGGUUAUUUAAUGCCUAUCUUCAUUCAUCUAUCUAUCAUCUUUUGUCUCUAUUUAUUUAUCUAUCAUCUAUCUAUCUAUCUAUCUAUCUAUCUAUCUCAGUACAUAUGGGUUUGGUUUGGUUUGUUUUACGGCAUAUCAACCUCAAUGGGUUAUUUAAUGCCGACUCUUCAUAUCUAUCUAUCUAUCUUUGUCUCUAUCUAUCUAUCUAUCUAUCUAUCUAUCUAUCUAUCUAUCUAUCUAUCUCAUACAUAUGGGUUUGGUUUGGUUUGUUUUACGGCAUAUCAACCUCAAUGGGUUAUUUAAUGCCGACUCUUCAUAUCUAUUCAUAUCAUCUAUCUUUGUCUCAUCUAUCCAUCUAUCUAUCUAUCUAUCUAUCUAUCUAUCUAUCUAUCUCAGUACAUAUGGGUUUGGUUUGGUUUGUUUACGGGCAUAUCAACCUCAAUGGGUUAUUUAAUGCCGACUUCUUUACAUCUAUCUAUCUAUCUUUUGUCUCUAUCUAUCUAUCUAUCUAUCUAUCUAUCUAUCUCAUCUACUAUCUUAUGGGUUUGGUUUGUUUGUUUUACGGCAUAUCAACCUCAAUGGGUUAUUUAAUGCCGACUCUUCAUAUCUAUCUAUCUAUCUUUGUCUCCAUCUAUUCAUCUAUCUAUCUAUCUAUCUAUCUAUUUAUCUAUCUAUUUUAUUUGUUUGUUUUACGGCAUAUCAACCUCAAUGGGUUAUUUAAUGCCGACUCUUCUUCAUAUCAUUUAUCUAUCUUUGUCUCUAUCUAUCUAUCUAUCAUCUAUCUAUCUCCAGUACAUAUGGGUUUGGUUUGGUUUGUUUUACGGCAUAUCAACCUCAAUGGGUUAUUUAAUGCCGACUCUUCAUAUCUAUCUAUCUAUCUUUGUCUCUAUCUAUCUAUCUAUCUAUCUAUCUAUCAUCUAUCAUCUAUCUAUCUAUCUAUCUCAGUACAUAUGGGUUUGGUUUGUUUGUUUUUACGGCAUAUCAACCUCAAUGGGUUAUUUAAUGCCGACAAAAUUCAUAUCUAUCUAUCUUGUCUUGGUUCAUCUAUCUAUCUAUCUAUCUAUCUAUCUAUUUAUUCAUCUAUCUAUCUAUCCCAGUACAUAUGGUACAUAUGGGUUUGGUUUGGUUUGUUUUUACGGCAUAUCAACCUCAAUGGGUUAUUUAAUGCCGACUCUUCACAUCUAUCUAUCUAUCUUUGUUUCUAUUCAUCUAUCUAUCUAUCUAUCUAUCUAUCUAUCUAUCUAUCCUAG